CAGAUAUUGGCUUUUCAUAGCGAGACAGCAGUAUAAAUAAUCUCUAGUCGUAUUGCCUUUUACAGACACGUUAGCGUAUUCCUUGAGAUUUUUCGAAUAAGUGAUUUCUGGAAUAUAUGCGAUGAUUUAUCAGGGGAUGGUGUACAGUGACAAGGACAUAGAUAUACAAACGAUGUGUCUUUAUCAACAAAUGAUCUAAAUCUUUAAUCAAUUUGAUUUUAAACGUUUGCUAAAACUGUGAUAUUACAUGAAAAUAUAUGAAUUUCAACAAACUGUAUCACAAGUGAAAUGCCGGAGACAUGGUCAAUAUCAAUGUUUUCUAAAGAUGAAACAAUAAACGACAGCUGUUAUUGAAUUAAAGACUACACGUCUCCCUAUGUUAUGAACUUAACAUAGAGAAUUGUACACAAACACCAUAAAACAUAAACAGUGCGCAGUUUAAACCAUCAUUUAAUCAAAAGAUAAUAAGCUACAAAACAGGGAUUAAAUAUGACCGAACACGAUCAAAGGAAUCGUGUUGUGCUCCUCGGAGCCGGGGGAGUUGGAAAAAGUUCAAUUUUAAAGAGAUUUUUGUUCAAUACCUAUAGUGACACAUAUCAAGAGACGGUAGAGGAUUUAUAUUGUAGGGAGUAUUUAAUACAAGGAGCAGAUAUUAAAGUGGAUUAUUUAGACACGGCGGGAAAAUUGGUGUUUCCCGCUAUGCGUAGGUUGUCAAUAACAACAGCACAUGCUUUUAUUUUGGUAUAUUCUGUAACUAAACAAGAUACUUUCGAAGAGGUUAAAAGACUUUGGGAGCAAAUUAAAGAAGUUCGCACUAAUUAUGAAGACAUCCCCUGUGUUAUAGUUGGUAACAAGAUAGAUCUAGAAGAUAAUAGACAAGUCGAAAAGUUUGAUGCGCUUAAUUGGGUUUACAACGAUGGAAAUUGUGGUGCUUUUAUUGAAGUAUCUGCCAAGAACAACGAGUGCAUUUUGGAAGUGUUCAAAUUGUUAAUGGAAAAGGCUAAGAAUCCGAGGGUACCUAUAAAUGAGCCUUUUAUGCCGAGACGCUUAAGUGAACACUCUCUAGAGGUACAGUUUGGACAAUCAGGCGUCAAUGCAGAAAAAUCUAAUGGACCGGAACAAUCGAGCUCAGAUGCUAGUAAGAUAAGUAGAAGCAGAAGUUUGAUUCGAAGGGGUAGCAAGCCGAAAGUUCGAAAAUCCCAUGCUCGCUCACACAACAAGCAAGACUGUGUUAUUUCGUAAUUAAACACUACAUUAUCUGAACACAAUGUGUGCAAUUAAGGUGUUGUUAACUUUACUUUCAAUUAAUUUGAAAUUCAAGCUUAUAAACGAUACUCGCAAUCUUAUUGGGUUAUGUAUGAUUAAUUGCCAAAUAUUUUUCAGUUUAUUGUUGUAUAAAUAUACUUCUUCUACUUCUUGCUGUAACUUUAUUUUUGUUUCAUUUUUGAUAACCAAGUAGCCAAACAUUCAAUUUUUGCUAAUAACACAUUCACUAUUAAUUGUGUUAAGAGUGAUAUCAAAUGUGGAAAACAUAUUGAAACAUUUGUGUAAUAAAUCUAUUUAUCAUGAUAUAAUUUAUCAUGAUGUAAUAUUCUUAAUUUACACAUAAGAAAUAUAUAGAGCCGUCGUUUUUUUAAUUUUGGACCAUACUAAUUAAGACAUUCGUUAUAUACCUUGCGUAUCUCUGCGAGUUUUAAUCAGGGCAUUUUAUAGCAUGUUGCGUAUUUAUAAUUUCAGACAAGUCUUUUUGCAAAUAAAUCUGAUAUAUAUCUAAACUAAGGUAAUAACGUUUUAUUAAAAAUGAAGGUUUUCUUUUAGUUCUGAGUCUUAUCACACUCUUCAUAAAUGAUUAAGAAUUGGAUUAAAUGUUUUGUUCAUAAUUAUUGUGUCAUAGUAUUUAAGCGUUUUAAUGGUAUUUGAAUAAUAUUUGUAUACAAAAUAUCCCAAGAAACAAUAAAAAUUGAUAAGCAGAGGUAUUAAUACAGUCCACCAUGAAAGCAUUUAUUUUAAUAUUUACAUGUCAAACAAAAUGUUAAAUCGUAAAACAGAUGUUCUGUACAAUAAACAUAUAUACAUCAAACAAACAAAUUGGCCAGCUGUUAUUCUGUUCUUGAAUAUAAAAUGCUUUUGAGGUCGUUUACAGUUCAUAAACUAUCGGAAUAUAGGAAUGAACGUAAAAUUCCACAGGCUCAACUAUAGAUAUUCCGAUAAAACGCAAUGAUAAUUAAACAUUCCCCACUAUUAAUCUUUAUCCUACUGCUUUUUGUAACUAAUUUGCUUUAUUUUGAAUUUUUGCUACCCGUCAGGAGCUUAUUAUUUACAUUUCACUCGGACAGGUUUACCUUAAGGAUCAUAUAAACAUUUUGUUUACUUAAAUGAUGCUUAUAUGAAGGUACUAUAUGUCUUUGUCUACUGUGUAACUAUCACUUAUAACAGAACAAAGGUUACCCGAUCGCAGACUGAUUGACUUUCAUUACCAUGCUUUCUUAUUGCAUUUUACCGUAAAUAGAUACCUUCGAAAUAUAAUAGUAAAAUAUUACUGUAUUUAAAGAAGUUUAAUAUCUAAAUCACUAACAUUAUAAUAUAUAAUUACACUUUUUAAAGGGAAUAGCAGAAUCUUUGGCGUCCAGCGAUAUUAUUUUUUUUUCAGAUUGUGAAGUUAAAACCACAUUUAAGUAAAAAUAAACAUUCAAUUGUUUCAAUUAACAUAUUGUUAGCGUUAUUGCAAUAACAUUGAAGACGUUAAAAAUGCAACUGUCGUCAUCAAGGUAAAGAAAGUUGUGAGUUCCCAUAAGUUCAAGUACAAGUUAAGAUACAAAUGCCAACAUUCCAUAUUAAAUUAAAUUCAGGCGCAACAUCGUAUAAAAUGAUUCACUUCCAUUCACGUAGUAACAGUUUGCAAUAAUAGUGAUUAUACCGACUAAUAUUUGUCUAAAAGAGUGAUUAGAAGACUAUAAUAGGUACAUAUAAGAGCACUUAAAGGGAUUAAUCAAUCAAUGACAGUGUUAGCCAGUUAGCGUUUGCAAACAUGACAUAAAUGUCAGUUAAACAUUCUCUUGAUAAUGUGUUUCCCUUUUACAGAAGGAAUUUGUUUGUAACUUGGAAAAUAUUAUGAAUUAGAUUUCAAUUGAAGCUAUAUAUUUAAUUUGCGAAAUUCAAACCGAAUUCCAAAACACAAUGUAAAAAAAGACUUUAAAGCACUGCAACACUGUUAUUAAGGUCGAACUCGGUACGAGAAAACUCAAGUAAAAUAACAGAUGUUUAAUGAUAUGCAAUAUCAUAUGUGCAUAUUAAUAUAAGAUUGUACUUUGUUUUUUCAUAACAUUUAAAGAUUGUCGAAAUAUAAUUCACAUUUUAUGUAUCUCGGAUAGUGUUGAUUAUUAAUGUUGCUUCUUUUAAAAUGUUUUUGUGUCUUAAUUUAAAGCUUGAGUCUUGAAUCUUUUUGUGUGUUAGCAAAUGCCUUAUUUUUAGGAUCAUUUUCUAAAUUCAUGUAAAUUACACAUUGAAUAAAUGUUGAGAUGUAUCUGAAAAUAGCAUUGAUUAAACAAAGUCAGAACAAAAUAAAAAUGCCAGAAAUAUGAUUUUUCAGGUUCAUUGAAGUGGAACAAGUAAUUAAACAUAGAUUUGACUGUGAUUAAAUGAAAACAAAUCAGAAGAAAGUGCUACUUUAUUUCCUGAUCAUCAUUCAGUGGGAAGACAAAUGAUGUAUAACGUUUUUCUGUGCUUAGUUUUAUCUAUAGAUGUAUAUAUUUACAUAUAUUAGGUUAAAUACUAUGUUUUGCUCAAUGUCAAAAUUUAAUGGUUUCAGAUUGUUUAUCCGACAUGUAGAUUGCAAAGUACAAUAGAAAUUCUUGGAUUGAUGUUUUUGUAUAAUGUUCAAAUUUAUUUGAAUAAACAGCUUUUACCUGUA